CACAUUUAUUGACUCCGUGCGGUGUCGCCCCCUCGCGAGCCAUCAGCCUAAGCUAGGCGAAAGCAAUGGCUCCCGUUGAGAGACAGACGCACUUCAUGCUGAUCUAAAUUGAAAGUACACACCCUUUAGAGGCCAAAGAUUGAGCUGUGGAGUCUAUUUUUGGGCCAACUUUCCUGUCGAUUCCUUUCUUCUUUUCAGCUUUCGUCGCGUACGACCGCAGGAGGACCUAAAAAUAAAAAAGUGUGGUUUUAAAUUUGAACAAGUGCAAACAUUAGUAACAAAAACAGUGGCGUAAGCAAAGAGGACAAAAUGAAGUGGUUUUUUUAUCGAACAGUGUUGAACUGACGAGUGUACUCGAGUGGUUUUUAAACUAAUCCAGUGGUUAUAUUUACGUUUUUUGUGGAGACUUGUCCUGUUUUGAAAACGGCAUGCCGUAGAAACGCUGCCAUAUUUUUCGACUGGAUAUGCGCGCGGAGUGAGCUAGGACGUACGCUCCGUGUGUUACGCAGCACUCCGCGAACGAAAAGUGUGCUGAUGGUGUAAGUGACGUACGUCCGGACUAAUCCCGUACUAAGAAUCUGUAAGUUUUGUACAGAGAGCCGAUUUUAGUUCGGCUUGUUGUUUCGUGGUCUCCGCCAUUUUGCAGUUGCGAUAGAAAGGUGAAAAUCUCGGGUAAAUGUAAGGUUUUCGAAUGUGGUUUUGAGAUUUAAGUGACGUGCAGUGGUGCUUUUAUGUGUCGUGAAGAAAACCCUUUAAUAAUGGAUCAGAUAUGACGCAUCCAAAUUUUCAAACUAACGGAGCUAGUUUAGAAGACUGCCACACUAAUUUCUUCGCCUUGACUGAGCUCUCCGGUAUCAAAUGGCGUAGGCUGGUAUGGAGCGAGACGGACAGGAACGGCGGCGGCGGUGGAGGCGGCGGCGUCGGCCACCACGGCGGCGGGGGCGGUACCGAACCGCUCGAGGAUCCGGUACUGAGGAGUUACGCGCGCUGCCUCGCCGCCGACAUCUUGUGCGUAUGGAGGCGAGUGUCGACGCCGCGUGCGGCCGACAUGUUCGAUCUGGGACCGCCGCCGCCCGCGCAACCGCCACCCUUGAGUUUGGCCGCCUCCAAGGAGCUGUGGAUCUUCUGGUACGGCGAGGAACCGGAUCUGAACGAACUGGUGGCGCCGGAAUUGAACACUUCUGACUGUGAACAAGGCUCCUGGGAAUCCGGCUUAUCGUACGAAUGUCGUUCGCUGCUAUUCAAAGCGCUGCACAAUCUCAUCGAGCGCUGCCUGCUGUCGCGCGACUUCAUCAGACUCGGCAAGUGGUUCGUGCAGCCGUGCGGCGCUCCGGUCAAACGUUCGGCCGGUCUGUUAGGCGGCGGUCACGCCAGCGAAGGUUCGUUCGGCAACGCGCAUCUCAGUUUUUCGUUCGCUUUUUUCGUGCACGGCGAGAGCAGCGUGUGCGCAUCGGUGGACGUCAGGCAACAUCCGCCCGUGAGGAAGCUGUCCAGGUGGCACGUGCAGCAGGCGCAGGCUAGCUCUGCGGGACUCAAAGUAAUCCUAGCCCCUUUCGGUCUUUCCGGAACUCUAACGGGCCACAGCUUCAAAUCACCCGAAGCCACGACUCGCCUGCUCGACGAUUGGAGUCAGUUCUACCCUUUGGACAAAAGCAACACCUUGACUGAUAGCAGCGUCGUGGAGGUGAUCGUACGCGGCGUAAAAAUGCCGUAUCCCUCUUGCUACGUACUUGUCACCGACAUGGACGAAGGUACCAACUCGGCGGUCCUCAACGGACUGCCGCCGGUCAGCCCCACCGAGGACCGGCAGGAAAAGAGGGCAGGCAGUCCGGUAGCGAUGGUACAGACGCCGCCCCCGAGUCCGGUUAAGAUCAGCAGUCGGGUGCCCCAACCUGGACCUUAUACGGUUUCUGUGGAACAUUUUAGUUCGAUGUCCAGAGAAUUAACGGCCGGUACAGUGUUGCCAGAACGAUCGUGGCAAGAGUGCAUUUUAGGUAAUAAUAGUCAGAAUAGUGGUCAGCAACAACAGCAACAAGACAAGGAAUUCAGUGGAAACUGGGAUUUUGUAGAACCGACGCGGAAAACCAAUUGUACCUGUUCAAAGUGUAGAAAGUCCGUAGGACCUCCUAGUGGUUCAAAUAAAUGGACGACUGGCAGUGGGACAUCUCCCCGGUCCAGCGGGAAGGCGGGCAGAGCGCGAGUGCCGUUUCACAGGCGCUCGCCCCUCUUACCACUACUCGCAUCCGAAAGAUGCGCCAGCGGCUCGUACACUCCCCAAGGUGGACCGCCGUCUUACCCGCGCACUCAAGAAUCUACGGCGAUACCAUCUGUGGGCACGCCGCCUUCCGUAGCACCAUCGCCGUUACCCAAUCCUCAUUCGCAGCCCGCUUCGGUCCCCCCGGGCGACCAAACGAUGCCGACGCUCUCACCGCACCCCCCCAACGACGAACCAUCGCCGGCCGAUAAGACCCACACGCCGGAUCAGCCCCCCAAGAGCAUGGAGAGCGCGGGGAACAGUCCCAACGCGCCGGGGAUGGCCGGUGAAAUCAAGAGCGAAACGCCGACCAGUAUGUCUAACUUGCCGGUGCUCAGGAAGCCGGUUCUGACUAGCAAAGAAUAUGAGGUGGCUCUCGGCGAAGAGGAACAACCGUUAGAGAUGCUCUACGAUUAUUCGACGAUGGACGCGUGGCUGAACCAUCCAGUGAAGAAAUUUAAACCCGACGGCAAAGAAAACCAGAGAUUAAAUAGGAUAGGAAAAACGGACAUUUAUGCAUUAUAUGACAAAAAUUAUAACGUUAACCAGACAAGCGAGGUUGUGAAUAAUAAUAAUAAGAAUCAACAGAUGAUGAUAAAACAGGAGAUAAAACAGGAACCUGGACAAAAUAUGGAAACCGACCCUCCGACUACCAACUCCCACCCGCACGGGGUGAAGAGGCCCGGUGAUCCAUACGAGUUCGAGGAAGACGGCGGCGGGGCGAAUUGCAACCUGGACGGCUUCAAAAGAGGCCAGGCCUGCGUAAAGGAGGAAAACAAGGAGGUGAAAAAGAUCACCACCGACAAUUUGUUCACCAGCGAGGGAUUACAACCCUCUUAUAAGGAUCUCGAUCAGAUAUUCGAUAAUUCCGAUGACGACGAAGGGCUACAAGUGCAAACCCCGCCUGGUUCCACGGCCGUCAACCAUCACGAAGACUCGAAGAGGUUUUCGGGUCAUGGGUGUCCCAAUAUGGGCAUCCUGGGUCAAGCAGAGCUGAGCAAAAUGUUUCCGACGCCGCCCAGCUUAGAGCACAACCCGAUAGCAUCGCCGUGCGGGCAAAUGGACCUACCGCCUCCGGAAUUCACCUCUGAUUUCGGUAUUGUGAGGGUGAAGCAGGAGAUCUACCCCAACAUGGGCAGUCCACAGGAGGAAAAUAUCGAAGAUUGGAGUUACGUGUUUAAACCGCCGCCGAUCUGCAAAAUGGUCGGCAGUAGCAAGUACGCCCCGUUGACGAACCUGCCCAGUCAAAAUCUGCCUACCGUCGUUUUACCAUCCAAUUUCACCUACAAACCGUCGUGGAUGCAGCACGUCGAAAAACAACAACCCGCAUUACAGCAACAACAAACCAACAAUAGCAGCAGUAGUAAUAAUAGUAGUCAUAUUAACAAUGCUUCCAGCAACAGCCAGAGCGCGGCCAGUAGCGCCGUGUCCAAUAGUCUUCAGCAGAACACGAACCUGUUUCCUCCUAGUCCGUUGCACGGCGGCGGCGCCGGACCGGGAGGCGGUUUCAGACCGCCGCCGCCGCCCUACGAGAUGGCCAGUCCGGCGACGUCGACGGCCAGCUCGUACCUUAACAAGAAUCUCAAUUCGGUGGAGGCGGCGCCGACGCCGACGCCCGGCAUAGCGCAAAGAACACCCGAGGCGUCCAGUCUCGUGCUCAACAUCUUGCUCACCGAUACUGCCUUCAACAUAUUCAGAGAUCACAAUUUCGACAGUUGCACGCUGUGCGUUUGUAACGCCGCCGGCAAGGUGGUGGGAAAUAUCAGGGGCGCAGACGCGGGCAUUUAUCUACUGAACACGCCGAACGACAAGCAACACGCAAGCGCACAACCCACCAGUCCUUAUCCUGGUAGUAACAUGGGUCAACCGCCGCCUUACGGUAACAUGAUGAACGACGAUCACCACUCCAACGACGAAGAUUCCAUCAGAUGCAGCUGCGGUUUCUCGGCGGUGGUGAACAGACGACUGGCGCACGGCAGCGGCCUUUUCUAUGAAGACGAGGUCGAAAUCACAGGUAUAGCGGAAGACCCCGGAGAAAAGAAAAAACCGUCGUUGCUCUCCUUCCUCGUCGCCAGCAAUUCCAUAAAACUGGAUCCGAACAUUGACAGAGACCAAAUCGACAUUCUACCGCACAGCCUUAUCGACCUGGUCAGAGAACAACUCGUCUUCGUACCAAACACCACCAAUUCCUUGUGCAGAGUGGGCGGCUACAUGAGAACCAAAGUCAACGUGCGCAACCACAACAUACACGUAUUAGAAUACUCCGACAGCCACGACGUCACCUGCAUAGCUCUGGAACAGAGCAAGAGCUUCCUGGACAAUCUCGGCAUGUGCAAGCUGGAAGAGAUAAAGCAUUCUAAAAGCUCACAAACGAUAGCCGUCCAUCGAUGGCCGUUCCUCAGAGCGACCGGUCCGCAAUGCAACCAAGACAUCGUCAGAGUGAUGAGGAACUUACAACCGUUGCUACAAGAAGCCAUCCAGAAGAAAUGUCAAACGAGGUUGUGGGAAGCCCCGUCUGCAGUCAAAGGACCGCUGACGUGGCGGCAGUUCCACCGAUUGGCCGGUAGAGGUACAGACGACAGAUGCGAACCGCAACCCAUACCGUCUAUCAUCGUCGGGCACGAUAAGGAUUGGUUGUCGCUGUCGCCGUACGCGUUGCAGCAUUGGGAAACUCUAUUGCUGGAACCUUAUUCGUACGCACGGGAUGUCGCUUACAUCGUGGUGGCUCCCGAUAACGAUGCUAUUUUACCAAGAGUGAGAACGUUUUUCAGGGAAUUGUCGACGGCUUACGAGAUGUGCAAGUUGGGCAGGCACAGUCCAAUUACUAAAGUACUUAGAGACGGGAUAUUGAGGGUGGGGAAGACGGCCAAAACGAAAAUCGGUAACGAACCAGUCGAGGAUUGGUUCACGCUGCUCGGAGAGGGGGAGACGACCGAUAUGCUGAAAUUGUACGCACAAGUCUGUAAACAUCACCUAGCACCCCAUCUACUACAAGUCCCGAUGGACAAGACUCUACUAGAUCCCCCGCAAGAAGCGAACACCGACCAACCCAUGCCUAGUCCCAUGCCGCCUCCCAGCACGCCUGAAAACGCCGGCAACCAAUCCUCGACUUCGUCCAGCACAGAUAAAGCUCCUACGCCCAAAAGUGACCAAGACGGAGACGGUUUGAAAGACACCUCGCCGAUAAGCAACGUCUCCGAUGCUGUACAGCACGACGACGAUGACCAAGAAGUACCUUCGGUGGUGGUUUACUUAGUGGAACCGUUCUCGCUGGGCUCCGAUCAACCGGAGCUCCAGAGAUUGGCCUGCUUGGCCUUGCUGAGAUGUUACCAGUCGGUUUUAUCCGCCGUGCCCGAAAAUAUCCGGAACAAUAUCAGCGUUCAAAUAAUCUCGUUGGAAAGCAUCGUCGAAUUGAACAAAGCCCGCAACAGGAACAGGCACAGCGAUCACAUGAGGGCGCUGGCGUUGAACAUUUUCUCGCAAUGCAGACGACUGUUGAUACACACGAACAAUGUCAAAUCGCUGACCGGAUUCGGAACGGCCGCCAUGGCCGAUCACUUUCUCAAAAGCAAAGACGAGAAAAAUCGCGCACCCUACAAACUUUACACGCCUCCGUACAUACUGGCGCCGAUGCGCGGCAAGCAAGAACCCGCGGACGCCUUCACCAAAGGCACCCAAGAACAAUCCUCCGUCCUCUAUCUAAGCUACUGCUUAUCCGAAGACCAAAGCUGGUUGAUGGCCGUCGCUACUGACGAAAAAGGUGAAAUUUUCGAAACGAUCACGAUCAACGUUGAUAUACCGAAUAGAAGCAGAAGGAAAAAGGCUUCUGCGAGAAGGAUAGGACUCGAGAAGUUGAUGAGUUUCAUUUUGGGAGUCAUGUCGCAGAACGUACGGCCCUGGAGGCUCGUUGUCGGCAGACUAGGAAGGAUAGGUCACGGCGAACUGAAAGGAUGGAGUUGGUUGCUGAGCCGCAAAAAUUUGCUCAAAGCGUCAAAACAUUUGAAGGAAAUUUGCAAUCAGUGCGCCAUGAUGUAUCCGAGUUCGGUGCCGUGCAUAUUGAGCGCUUGCUUGGUCAGUUUGGAACCGGACUCCGUGUUGAGGCUCAUGCCCGAUCAGUUUACACCGGACGAAAGGUUCAGUCAGGUAUCUGUCAACUCCCAGCUCUCUACCCCGCAAGACGUCAGUUGCACGCACAUCCUAGUCUUUCCCACCAGCGCGACCACCCAAUCGUCGCAGACCGCCUUCCAGGAGCAGCACAUCACCGCCGACUUGGGCGACGACGAACUGUUCAGCCCGUUCGAAGACAUGCCCGAGGGCAUGGACGGCGAAUUCAACGAUAUCUUCAAUUGGCCGGAGAUAGAGGGCAACGGGGGCGGCCAGAGUCCCACCGGCAGUCCCAGACGCGAGGAAUCGGGGACGGGGAGCCCCACGGGCGGCGCCAAUAUCGGCAGAGAUGGUACACAGAUGAUGGGAGGCAUGAGUUCAAAAGGCAUCGAACCUAGCGAGGAAGUGGGAGUGGUUUUGCAGCAACCUCUGGCGUUGGGCUUCUUCGUUUCGACGGCGCCCACCGGAAAGAUGCCUCGUUGGUUUUGGUCUUCGUGUCCUCAUCUAGAGGGUGUCUGUCCGGCCUUCCUCAAGAACGCGUUGCAUCUGCACAGUCCCAACGUCCAACAAAGUUCCGACGAUCUCUUUCAACAAUCCACAGUCACGUCGCAUCCGCUCGACUCCCAGUACACCACGGACGUCUUGAGGUACGUCCUUGAAGGAUACAACGCUCUUUCAUGGCUGGCGCUGGAUUCCAACACUAAAGAUCGUUUAUCUUGCUUGCCGGUCCACAUGCAAGUCUUAGUACAAUUGUAUAACACUGCAGCUGCGCUUCUGUAAACCACUGACCAAGUACUUAUUAUUUCUCUCGCUUUAAAAAAGUAUCCAAUAUCAGUUCAAAACAAAAAAGUAUUUCCUUUUGCGAAACUGUUUUCCGUCGCAUUUUGAGCGUCAAACGCCAAAUACGUCGACUGUCACGCGUCGAACGUCAAUUGUCGUACGUCAAACGUCAAAAUUUAGAAAGCUGGUUCGGCAAUGAAAAUUUUAUUAAAAAAAAUCAAUGUGACCUUAUGAACGAAUUUUAGAUAACAAGAAUACUCAAAAAACCGCGACGAGACAUAUAAAAUGAUAUUUUCUCAAUAAUAUGAUAAUUGUAAAUAUUUUAUCGCCUGUUACUUUAAAUGGAAAAAAUAAAUGUGGAGAAUCCUUUUUUACGUGUACAAAAAAGAAUUAUGAAAGAAUUGUGAUAUUUAGGGUGUUAAUUUUAUUAUUUUAUUUUUGUUUUUUGUUUUUUUAGUGAUGAUGACCUUAGAUUUUAAAAAUGAAUUAGUAUUGUGAAAAUAAUAAGUGGAAAAAUAGAUUAAAAAUGAAUAUAUACUGCCAGACAGUGUUCAGUGAUUUGCAGGAGUGCAAGCGAGCAUAAGGGAAAUACAGCGACGCGGCGGAAUUCCCCAAAAUUCCCGCUUUCCUCGCUGUACCACCGAAAACGAGUUGUGUUGUUACAUAUUAUUUUUUUUUGUUUGUUGUUAGGUUUUCAUUUUUUUUUACAAUUUUAAAACUUGUAUAAAGGCGUGUACAUUUUUGUACAAGAAAUAAUUUAUUUUUCUGUUACAUGUGUUGUAUAUAAUAAUGAAUGAUAAAAGAAAAGCAAGAUUAAAGAAAAAAGAGAUGUACAAAAGCAAAUCGAGACAAUUUAUAGACUGAGCAAGCAAAAUUUUUUGCGAAGGUAAACCUAUCAAGAUUUUUUUUCAUAUAUGUUUCGAAUAGGCUUAAAAUGAGUCGAAAUGGUAAUAGAAAUUCGUACGAUUUAAGUUAUUUACGGAAGUUUUUAUCUUUCAGUUGUUAAAUGUCAUCUUUCAAAUGUCAGAUGUCUUCUUUCAGCUAUCUAAUGUUACCUUUCAAAUGUCAGAUGUUUCUUUUCUGCAGUGGGAUUCUCAUCUUUCAAUACUGUAUAUGUCGAGACGCCUAUCUUCAUUCAACAGACUGAUACUUAUGUAAUGUCUCUCUCUCCAUUCAACAUGUAACGUGUUGAGUUUGCACAUAAGUAUCCCUCUUUUCAGAUGGCCCCUUUCAGCUGUCUAAUGCCACUUUUCAAAUUUUAGAUGUCUUCUUUUAGUUGUCCAAUGUUACCUUUCAUUCCUUUAUUUGAAGUCCGACAAAUAUCGUCCUAUAUUUCAAAUGUAUGUAAAAAUUCGUACAAUUUUAGUUAUGUACAGUUGUUUGAACCUUUCAGUUGUCAAAUGUCACCUUUCAAAUUUCUUUUAAGCUGUCAAAUGUCGCCUUUUAUUCCUUAAUUAAAAGACUUAUACUCUAAAUGUAUGUAAAAUCAUCUUUUGCCUGUCAAAUGUCGUAUUUUGUAUUUUCUAGUGUCUACUUUUGGGACUUGAUAACAUCAUGAUAGACACUGUAAUUUUGUACAGUUACACAUUCUGUCAAUUUUUUAAAUUAAGUUACAAUUGUCAAAUUUGGUAUCACUUUAACCGUUUUAAAGCGAUGAACCAGUUAACACUUUGGUUACACCCUUGGUUAACCUUAAAAUCACGUGACUAAAGCCAUAAAAAGAUGACCGCUUAUUGUAACGUAUUAACGUUAAAUCGUUUUUAAGGAUUUUGACAUGAAAUUUUGACAUUUAAUUUCUAGGUUAAUUUUUAUUGAUUCUCUUCGAGCAUCUCGAAGUUGACUCUAAAGUGGAAAUUAAGGAAAAUUCGUAGAAAUUUUUUAUUAGUGAGAUUUUCCCUUGGAUAUAACAAAUUUAAUUCACUACCUUGUUAGUUAUGGCACCAAAAAUAUUUAUAUUUGUGUAGACUGGAUGUUAGAAUUUAAUAAGGAACAGUUUUACAUGACUUUAUGGCGUCAGAAGCAUUUGAUUAUUUUCGUAGGUAUUUCUAUAUACUUAAAUAAAAGUGUAAUGUAAUUUGCAAUUUAUUUUGACUGAGCGAAUUCUAUAAUCUAACCAAAAACCACUAACUCUAUGUCACUUCCACUUGUCAUUAUAAAACCCACGUCUGGACUCGGGUAUUUACCGGUUAUAAUUAAUGACGUUUCAAAGGGUUUAAAUAUGACGUUAUAGAAAGUAAUUAAGGAUAACCAACAUCGCUUUAAUUAAAACGGUAAAUACCGAAAAUUUAUCGGUUGAUCGCUUUAAAAUGGUUUAGGUUAAAUGGCAGUUUUGCCAUUAUAUUUCAUCCGUCACCUGUCAUCUUUUCAAUAAUUUUUCGACAAUCCAUCUCGGGGUACAGUUUAAUGGAUACCCGUACAGGUGCUCUAAAAUUGAUACAUUUUAUGUGCUUAAUUACAAUAAAAUUAUUUGUCUCUUCCCUCCUAUGUUUAAGUCUCCCAUAACUGACAGUUCCCUAUUAUACCUUCUUUGACGUUUCGUCUAUCAACUUACAUUUCAUCUGUCGUAUUCCACUUGUCAUCUGUCACUUGUCACAUUUCAUCUAUUACUUAUCACAUCUGUCACAUUUCAUCCGUUAACUUUUACCCUUUUGAAAUGGCGUAAAUCGUGAUAAUUUCUGUUUCUGUUUGGACUUUAUUUCUGUUGAAUACAGCAAUAUAAUCAAAGUUUUGCGUAAAUAUUCUAAGACUUUGCCAAAGAGACGGGAAGGGCGUACUACUGCUGUUACUUGAUGGUGUGUGUGAAGGCAUUGUGGAUAACCGAAACUAAAAAAUAUAAGAGAUACUUAUAUCGCCAAUGAACUUAGAACAAUUUGUAAAUAAGAAAAAAAAAUACAGGAUGAAACAAAAUUAUUCAAUUUUUUUUGUCGUUUUUAUCGAUAUGCCGCUUGGAAUUUCAGAAACUGUAAAAAAAGUUGUUAAUUGAAUAUUUAUUGAGCGAUAGCGCAAUUUUGACAACUCUAAAAUAUUCUAAAUAGUCCGAGUUUUCUGAAAUUGAAGCGGAACGCAAUUUAAAACGAUAAAACGUAGAGGCUAGUAAACAAAUUUUAAAUAACCAAAAUGUACGUAUUUAAAUGUUUAAACACUAACCUUUUAAAUGUAUUUUAAGAGAGAUUACUGGGGCCAAAAAAAACUGUUUAAAAAACGUAUCUUAUUAUUGGGUUGCCUCAGAUUAAAACUUAAAGCAAGAAGUAGAAGAAGAAAAACAAAUGCAUGAUCUUAAAUUUAAAAAAACGCGGGAAAAGUGAUUUUUGCUCGUUUUAAUUCUUCCAAAACGGAAAGUUGUGUCUUACAAUGUUAUGUGAUUCUUUUUUUUUUACUAGUUGUUAGGUAUAUUUUUGAGAUUUAUUUUGCUCUUUAUAGCUGUCAAUUAUGAUAAAUGGCAGCUGUUAAUUGUGACACAUGGCUACUGACGCCUGCAGCAUCUUAUUAAAUACGUAAUUUAACUUUUACGAAACGAUAAAUCUCGAAAAUAUACCGGACAGCUCGAAAAGUUGUCUUUUGGUUGUCGCAGAUCUCAAAAUUUCUGUCUUUUCUUAUUCAUGUGUUUCAUUUUCAUUGGAAAAAAUCAUUGAUAGUAAUGAUUUUUUUUUUAUAUAAAUUGUGAAAUUAACAGUAUUUCGUCAUCUUCAUUCUUCUCAAAUACAGGGUUGGUCAUUUGUGAGUGUUCUCUUUUUUUAUAUAUAUAUAUAUAUUUAAAGGAGGAAGUUGAAUUAUUUUAACGUUUGGUUUGGAUUCUGUUCAAAGUGAAAUUUAAGAGAAUGCGCACACGAUGACUCGCCCCGUAUGUUUAGUUGCGUCAAGUGAAUAGUUUAUUACUUAUUACUUGCCUUCAUGAUUGUAUUUAUACACUUAUUUAAAAACUACAUAUUAUAUAUAUUUUUACUGAAUUUAACAGGUUUAGGACUGUUAAAAUUGUUCAGACAAAGAGCUAGAGAGAGAGAGAGAGUCGACGUUCAAAAAAAGUAAAAAAGGACGUUUCUUUUUUUUUUUUGUAAAUAAUAGUUACUGUUGUAAGAAUAUGUCAAUUUUAGGGAAUUGGGAAUAUAGUUAAACAAAUUUGUACAUAUUUUAUUG